AUGAUUGACAACCAGGAAAACAUUGCCCCAAAGUCAGCACUACUACAACAGCAGCAGGCUCCAACAUCAUCACUCAUCACAAAGUCAAUGGUGAUCAGACCAAAUACCAACGCACCAAUCACCGAUGGCAGCAGCAGCAGCAACGAUCAAACAACACCACAGAUCAUUGUCAAGGAGACAAUAUAUCAUAGUAACGGAAGGACAUCAUUCAAAGACUAUCUUCAAGGUGAAUUCCUUGGUUUGGGUGGAUUUGCCAAGUGCUAUGUUAUGACCGAUUUGGACACCAAGAAGGUGUAUGCUGCCAAGAUCGUGCCAAAGUCCUCACUCGUCAAGGCAAGGACAAAGAACAAGUUAAAGAGUGAGAUCAAGAUCCACAGUUCACUACACCAUGACAACAUCGUUUCGUUUGAGCAUUGCUUUGAGGAUGACGAGAAUGUCUAUAUCCUCCUUGGUCUUUGUAAUCAAAAAACAAUGAUGGACCUCCACAAACGUCGUAAGAUCCUAUUGGAGGCUGAGGUGAAGUACUAUGUCUACCAGGUGAUACAGGCUGUUAGGUAUCUCCAUCAGAACAAGAUCAUUCAUCGUGAUCUCAAGUUGGGCAACCUGUUCAUCAAUGACAUGAGCAUCAAGCUCGGUGACUUUGGUCUAUCAACACGUAUCGAGCAUGAUGGUGAAAGGAAGAAGACCAUCUGUGGCACACCAAAUUAUAUUGCACCAGAGAUUCUGGAGAACAAGAAUGGACAUAGCUAUGAGGUGGAUGUUUGGUCGAUUGGAGUGAUCAUCUAUACACUACUCGUUGGUAAACCACCCUUUGAGACAUCGGACGUGCGCAACACCUAUCAAAGGAUCAGAAAGAAUCAGUACUCCUUCCCAGAGGACCACAACAUUGCCGAGUCUGCCAAGCAAUUGAUCAACUCUAUUCUUACUCCAAUUCCAGAGAAACGACCAAACUUGAACCAGAUACUGGAACAUGACUUCUUUACACUGUCCAGUAUACCAAAGUACCUUCCACCGACUGCACUCAUCAUGGUGCCAAUCAUCAGAAGCACACCAUUGGCCGAAAAUACCAAUAUUGUAAAUCAACAACGUCCACACAUGACUAGCAACAACGUAUCACCAAGCAAGCCUCCACGUGGCCAUCAAUCACCUUUGAAGAAGCUACCCUCGUCCGUUGUCGCCGCUGCACAGAUGGUUACACUCUCACCCAACUCUCAACAGAAGCUGUCAGACAUUGAAAAGGAUGACUUCCACUUUAGGAAGUUAAGGCGACUGGAGAAAAUGAAGGAGAAUGAUCUAAAGAUACAGUUGUUGAAGCAGAAGAUGGUAGAUACUACACAGCAGCAACAGCAGCAGCAGGAGGUACACAGGAAUGUAGAGAGUAUCCAGACUGGUAUAGCCAAAAGCCAUAUAUCUGAACCAGUGCCAAAGGAACAAUCAAGGCCUGCCACCACUUCCACCACCACCACAACAACCGCCUCAACACAACAGAUUGCCGGUAGCCUACCAAGAUCACUGGUGUUUGUCGAUAACUAUGCAGACUUUUCCAACAAGUAUGGAAUUGGAUAUUCAUUGUCCAAUGGUUCAUAUGGUGCUUAUUACAAUGAUUCAACCAAGGUCAUCAGCUUCCUAGACUCUGGACUUGCUCAUUACAUGGAGCAUGCCAAGGGCACAGAGGGAGAUGGACGUCGCAUACUCAGCACACUUGAGACUCAUCCACAUGACACACAGAAGAAGCUAUCGUUGGUGAAAUACUUUUCCAACUACUUCCAGGACAAGCCAAGGCAGCCAAGCAUACUGAUCAAUGAGUUGAAACAACGACCAAACAGCACAGCCGACAUCAACAAUCCAGUCUAUGUCAAGAAGUGGAUAAAGACCGCCAAGGCCAUUGCAUUCAGACUUAGCGACAAGACGAUACAGGUGAACUUUAUCGACAAGUCAAUCAUACUGAUCAACAGGGACCAGGUGGUGACCUAUGUGGCCAGCGACGAGUGCACCACCAAGACCGACCACCUAAACAACUUUUUGUCGAGCUCACAUGAUGGCAAGAUCAUCAGUAGGAUCAAGUACGUCAAGGAAAUCCUAAUCAAUCUGUACCACAAGAGACCCCAAGACGACAUGAUCUAA